UCCCCGGUUGGCGCAAUGAACCGCACGCUCUCUCCCGGCCCUCCCGUCCCUUCCCAUCAUGCAGCGCUCGCGCCUACUCCUCCGCCGAGCCGCCAUGUUGUCGGAGUGAAAUCCUGGGGCGUCAGAAAGAAGCUGGGGCCGAAAUCCGCGACCAUCCACCCUCUCCGCCGGCUGUGGUGGAAUGAGCAGUGUGUGCUGAAGAGGAAAGCAGUACUCUGGCAGGAUUCCUUCAGCCCCCACCAUAGAACUACGUGUCCCAGCAGCAUGCCCGUGGUGCUGAGCAGCGGAGGACACGCCCCUCCCGCCGGGCAGACCCCCCAGGUUGCACCUCAAAGCCAGCAGGGUGUGGCUGGUGCCGGACGUUCCCAGGAUGACGCCAUGGUGGAUUAUUUCUUCCAAAGGCAGCACGGCGAGCAACCCGGAAAACACCGCUGGCCAACCGGGGACAACAUCCACGACAGCCAGGUGCGCUCCAUGGACGAGUUGAACCACGACUUUCAGGCUCUGGCACUGGAGGGACGUGCUAUGGGAGAGCAGCUGCUCACGGGGAAGAAGUUCUGGGAGACGGAUGACUCUGGGAAGGACGGGCCGAAGGGGAUCUUUUUGGACCAGUGGAGGGACAGCGCAUGGGGGGCCUCAGACCACUCGGUGUCUCAGCCAAUCAUGGUGUCCCGCCGGCCAGGUCAGGGUUUCCACGGUGGCGGCGAGGUGGGCGUGGGCUCUGUCAUGUCGCCGCGAUCCGAGAGCGGUGGGCUCGGCGUCAGCAUGGUGGAGUACGUGCUGUCUUCCUCGCCCGCUGACAAGCUGGACUCCUGCUUGCGGAAAGGACCUUAUGGCCAGCGUGACGGCGAGGUGGUGGAUGACAAGCGAGAGAAGCCAAAGGAAAGGUUUGAGGCGGAAAAAUUAAAAGAGCUGGCGGAAGUGGAGGCCGAUGUCAUCAAUGAUGUCAUCAACCCCAACGGUCUGCCGGUGCAGAACGGCCUCGACGUUGACGUCAAAGAUUUCGGCCGUCCCACGGGUAACAUGCAGCCUCCAGGAUCGGAGGGGGACCUGCUGGGUGGUCCAGGGGGCGUCGGCGUGGAUGGGUUGACUCCCUUGGGCGGCGGCGGGGGGCCCAAACCACCUGAAGACUUUUCCGGCGUCGAACAAGGUGGUGUCGCCAUGGACCCAAUGGAGUCUGUGAUGGAGCCGCUGCAGUUCGACUACAACUCACAGAUGCCCAUGGAUUCGGCUCCUACCGUCGGACUAUUUGAUUACACCAACCAACAGCAACUCUUCCAGAGAAACAACGCUCUCGCCGUGCAGCAGCUCACAGCCGCUCAGCAACAACAAUACGCUCUGGCGGCGGCACAGCAGCCACACAUUGGUUUGGCCCCAGCCUUUGUGCCCAAUCCUUAUAUUAUCAGCGCCGCCCCGCCAGGUACGGACCCCUACGCAGCGGGGCUAGCUGCAGCGGCAACUCUUGGUCCGGCGGUGAUGCCUCCUCAGUACUACGGCGUCACACCCUGGGGCGUCUACCCCGCCAACCUAUUUCAGCAACAAGCAGCUGCCGCCAACAACUCAGCCAAUCAACAGGCCGCAGGCCAGGGCCAGCAGAACCAACAGCAGGUGAUGCGUGCAGGGGGGAACCAGCGCCCCUUGACGCCCAGUCAGGGGCAGCAAGGGCAGCAGAACGAGCAGCUGGUUGCCACGGCAGCUGUCAACUCAGCCCUGGCUUUUGGGCAGGGCCUCGCAGCAGGAGUGCCCGGUUACCCGGUCCUGGCCCCUGCAGCUUACUAUGACCAAACGGGUGCCCUGGUUGUUAACACUGGAGCUCGUAGUGGUCCCGUUCGCCUCAUGGCCCCCGCGUCUGUCAUCAUAUCGCCUUCUGCAGCACAAGCAGUCGCUGCCGCUGCAGCUUCGGCAGGUGGUGCUAAUGGGGGCCUGGGUGGCGGCGCUAAUGGACCCUUCCGAGCUAUGACGUCCCAGCAGCCCCAGCAGCAGGGAGGACCCGGCGGCGGCCCGCUGGGAGGCAGCUCUUUCUACGGCUCGUCCUCGCUCAGCUCGUCAUCGCAGAGCUCUUCGCUCUUCUCGCAGGGUUCUGGCCAGCCCGGCCCAGGCUCGGCUUCCCUGGGAUUCAGCCAGCAAGCCUCUUCGUCCCUUGGUGCUUCGCUCGGGGCCACGUUGGGAGGCUUUGGUACUGCGGUGGCCAACUCGAGUGGCGGCAGCGGAUCACGACGAGACUCUCUGACGGGCAACAGCGAGCUGUACAAGCGCACGCCCUCCAGCCUCACGCCCAUCGGCCACGGUGGCUUCUACAAUGGCACGCUGGGCUUCAGCCCCUCACCCGGCCCCGUGGGCAUGCCGCUGCCCAACCAGGGCCCGUCCCACUCGCUCACCCCGCCACCCUCGCUCUCCAACCACAGCUCCUCGUCAAACCUCAACCUUGGGGGUCUGACCAAUGGGAGUGGGCGCUUCAUCUCUGCCGCACCGGGCGCCGAAGCCAAGUACCGCAGCGCCGCCAGCUCGGGCUCGUCGCUCUUUUCUCCCAGCAGCCAGCUGUUCCCAUCGUCGCGGCUACGCUACGGCAUGUCUGACGUGAUGCCCUCGGGACGCAGCCGCCUGUUGGAAGACUUCCGCAACAACCGCUACCCUAACCUUCAGCUGCGUGACAUCGCUGGGCACAUCAUGGAGUUCAGCCAGGACCAGCAUGGCAGUAGGUUCAUUCAGUUGAAGUUGGAGCGAGCCAGUCCGGCCGAGCGCCAGCUAGUAUUCAGUGAAAUCCUGCAGGCCGCCUACCAGCUCAUGGUGGACGUUUUUGGCAACUAUGUAAUCCAGAAAUUCUUUGAGUUUGGCAGUUUGGACCAGAAGCUGGCGCUGGCCGAGCGUAUUCGCGGUCACGUCCUGUCGUUGGCCCUGCAGAUGUACGGGUGCAGAGUCAUCCAGAAAGCACUGGAGUUCAUCCCGUCCGAUCAGCAAGUCAUUAGCGAGAUGGUGCGCGAGCUGGACGGUCACGUGCUCAAGUGUGUGAAGGACCAGAACGGCAACCACGUGGUGCAGAAAUGUAUCGAGUGCGUGCAGCCGCAUGCUCUGCACUUCAUCAUAGACGCCUUCAAGGGGCAGGUAUUCGCCUUGUCCACUCACCCGUACGGCUGCCGAGUCAUCCAGCGCAUCCUGGAGCAUUGCCUGCCCGAACAGACGCUGCCCAUCCUGGAAGAGCUUCACCAGCACACGGAGCAGCUCGUGCAGGACCAGUACGGCAAUUACGUCAUCCAGCACGUGUUGGAGCACGGCCGAGCCGAAGAUAAGAGCAAGAUAGUGGCGGAGAUCAGAGGGAACGUGCUGGGACUCAGUCAGCACAAGUUUGCGAGCAAUGUGGUAGAGAAGUGCGUGACGCACGCAUCACGGGCAGAGCGAGCGGUCCUGAUCGACGAGGUGUGCAGCCUGACGGAAGGGCCCCACAGUGCCUUAUACACCAUGAUGAAGGACCAGUACGCCAACUACGUGGUACAGAAGAUGAUCGAUGUGGCCGAGCCCACCCAGCGAAAGAUCGUCAUGCACAAGAUCCGACCCCACAUCUCCACGCUUCGGAAGUACACGUACGGCAAACACAUCCUGGCCAAGCUGGAGAAGUACUACAUGAAGAACGGUGUCGACCUGGGACCCCUAUGCGGACCUCCCAACGGCAUCAUGUAAACCCCUCCACCUUGCCAAAUCAUAAGAAGGAACCCAUUCGCCCUCCCUCCCCUAACCCGGCCUGCUGAAUUCGGGUGUGUGCGUCCACUUCAUUUUUUUUUUUUUUUGGUAAUUUUUUUGGCUCCCUACCACUAUUCCAAAUGACUAAUUUAAUUUCUCAGCCAAUCGUAGACGAGUACACGCACAACCCGCGCGCGAGCUAACCAGCCUUCACGUCAUUUAGCAUGGGAGUUUUCUGGUCUUGCUUCUAUAAAUAUAACAUGUAUACUUGGUGUAGAAUCUUUGCAUAUACAGUACAUAUAAAUAUAUAUAUAUAAAUAUAUAUAUAAAAACUUUGUAGGUUUUUUCUGGUUUUUGAUGUUGACUCUGUAUCUAUAAUGUAUCCUAGUAGUGACCACGCAUACUUCUGACUGUAUACUUGUACAUUUGUAAACCCUUGUAAUGUAAAAGUGCUUUACCGCCCUUUUUUGGUAUGAUGCUAAUGAGAAAAAAAAUAGGGGGGGAAAAAAACUUUACCUGUGCAUUUCAGUGUAUAUUCUCACCAUCUUGGUUUGUGACAUGAGUUGUUGUAUAUUGUAAAUUGUAAUAUCUAAUUUUGCUUCUUUUUUUUUUCUCUCCAAAAAGCCCUUUCUAUAUCUAUACGGGGUAGUACUUGUACAAAAAAAAAAACAUUCGCACCACGCUUGGUUUUAUCUUAAUUAACUUAAAGAAAAAAAAAUCUCCCACUGACUUCAUUUGUUUUGUUUUUUUCUUUUAGAUCUUUUUAUAGGAAAGUUUCACUUUUGAUGGGAGUGAACCGUUUGUACAGAGGAGAUUUUUGUUUAGGUUUUUUUGUUUUUUUUGCAUUUCUCUAGUCCUGUAAGUGCUGUAUCAUACUGUCUAUUAUGGGUUUGUUUGUUUCUUUUUUGGGUGAGAAGCGAGGCAGCCAUUUUUGGGGGUUAUGAUUAAAAAAAAAAAGCCGCCUUGUGUAUAUUUACUACUACGAGCACACCUUGUAACCAUAUGUGUAUAGUUAACAGAAACCUGUGUAUGCUUACUUGCCUGGGCAACUAUUUUUUGUAACUCCUGUUGUAGAUUGUCUCUAAACAAUUGUGUGAUCUUUAUUUUGGAACCAAACGAGAGAAAAAGAAAAAAAAUGUUGAAAAUUUAAA